AUGGACCCCCAAAAAAUCUACACCGAAGUCCAAACCCGCUACGGACACCUCGCAGACGAAAUCUCAGCCACGCGCCAAUCCACCAACGAGAAAAUCGCCAAUGCAUUCGGAUAUAGCGCCUCGGACCUCGAGUCCAUCCCGCUCGACGCGAAUCUCGGCGUUAGCUGUGGGAAUCCUGUUGCCGUUGCGAAAUUGCGCGAGGGAGAGACAGUCGUCGAUCUAGGAAGUGGUGGUGGCCUUGACGUUCUACUCGCUGCGCGUAAGGUGGGAGUUAAGGGAAAAGCUAUUGGGGUUGAUAUGACGAGGAGCAUGAUCAACCUAGCCCGCAAAAACGCAGCCAAAGCAAACCUCCGAAACACCCACUUCAUCGAAAGCCCAAUAACGUCCAUCCCCCUCCCAGACUCCAGCACCGACUGCAUAAUCAGCAACUGCGUGAUAAACCUUGUCCCAUCCGCCGAGAAACAUCUCGUUUUCGCGGAGAUGUUUCGCAUCCUAAAGCCCGGUGGUCGCGUCGCUGUUAGUGAUAUCCUAGCUCGAAGAGAGCUACCAUGGGAUUUGGUUGAGAAUAUGGCGCUUUAUAUGGGCUGUAUUGCCGGUGCGAGACGGGUUUGUGAAUACGAGGAGUUUUUAAAGGGGGUUGGGUUUCAGGAUAUCCUCAUCGUUGACACCGAGAAAGAUCUAAAUGCCUAUAAAGACCUGGUGCAGAGCCAAGCCCAAACGGGCUGCUGUUCCCAAUCGAACAGCAAAAGCAACGAGAACGAGAACGAGCAGAAAAGCGAAACCCGCCCUGCAGAAAUCAACUUCAACGACUGGGCCGGCUCGUUCCAAAUCUACGCGAUUAAGCCUUAG